AUGUCGAUCCCAAGUCAAGUACUUCUUGCAAUCUCUGUUUUCCUGUUCCUUACACCUGGAGGUAUGUUCUUUUUGCAAAAGCUGGGAAAAGCACUGUCAGCCAAGGGAGGCAGCUUAAGUGCAGGUUGACAGGCCUAAGAGAGAAGGCAAAUGCAACUUAGGUAGUUUAAUACUGAACCAAACCAAACUUAACCCUGGCCCUCCAUAAAAUCUGAACUUAGACAAUGAAAUGGCCCUUCUUCUGUUCUCUCCCUCUGUUGCACCUGAAUGGAAAGACUGUUCCUAGGUGAUAACUGAGGGAGAGGGUGAGCCAAGGGCAGCUGUUGUUGCAGUAGAACUGAUCAGAGAAUCUUAGGGUUGGAAGGGACCCAAGAGUCAUCUAGUCCAACCCCCUGCAAUCAAUGAUGAAGUGGCCCUGCUUCACAUCUCUUCCUUUACUGCAGCCUGCUACAGUCUGCUCAAAUUUAUUUAUUUAAGCCACUCUCCCUAAUAUUUAAAUUUGUGUGACAGGGCUUUUCUGAGUAAAGAUACUUUGCUAGUAGAAAAUAAGACUCAAGAUUUGAGCAGGCUAUCGGUGUCGUGCAGCGGUAAAUUAAUCAAAGCAGAGUCUUCUUCAUAAACAGAAUAAAACUUUUACUCGAGAAAAUAAAGUUGUUCAUAAACAGCAUAGUUAAAGAGUAUACACAGAGUGCUCAUAGCAGCUAUCUGACUCUUCACAGAGGCACAGUCUUAGUUACUGAUGUACUAGAGUCCUGGAGCCACUCUGUCUGCAACAACGCAACACACACACCUAGCUGAGACACACACUGGCUGGCUACUUUUGUAGGGAGAAUGAGUCUUCACUCAAGAUGAGUCAUGGGUCACAGUGACUUAGCAGUUUGCUGUUAACAGUUAGCAGUUAGCAGGCUUGAAUGAUUGUGUAGGCCUUACUGCUUCUGCUCUCAAAAACCUUUGUCUCAGGACAAUAGGUUCCAUCAUCUAAGAGCUAGGGAUGGGUGGAUCAAUAUAUUUCCCUCCUGGGGUGGCACCCAUUUGGUGCCUAUUGUGUGAGGAACAAGCCAUCAGAAAUCCACCCAGCUUUACAAGCAGAAAUAUGAAGUUCUGAAGAGGUGGUCUGGGGGCUGCCUCUUUCUCCCUUUAACAUUUUACCACUGCUUAGAACAGUUCUGUGGUCAUGUUCUUUCCCUUCCUGCGGAAUUGUAUGGCGAAAGGGAUGCCUGCCCCUAUGUGCUUAUGGGGGCAGCAAUUUUAAAGCUAUCAGAUACAUUGUACAGAAAUAAGAGAAGAGAGCUGAGCCAGUCCCUGUUGUUGUUUUCCCAAUGUCUGUACAUCAGGAAUUCUGAAAGCAAGAUAGGGGACCAUUUCACUGCUGGUGAAGAUUCCUUAUGUUGCAAAUGGAUGGGAUCAUCAAAUCAACAUGGUUUGUAACCUAGGGGCUGCCAAAGUGUCAUCCCCUCCCGCUCUCAUUGAUGGAAUUAGGUUUGAAAGAAUAACCCUAUGUGUUACCCACAGAACAAGUUGUGAUGUGUGUUUGGUUGUUGUGUGUUCCCUGUCUCAGUUUCUCCUGAGUGUAAAUAUGUCCAUGGUCCUCGACUAUUACUAACCCAAGUCAGGAUUUUCCAAACUUCCUUUGUUGGUGAGAAUAUGAAGACCUCCAAUGAAAUGGCUACAAAACCACCGUCAUUUAUUCACAUGGGAUUUUGGUUUUGUCUUUUGGAGCAGAUGCUAUCGUCUGUCUACACUGCAUAACCAUUAUACCAGAAAUCCCAUGCAACCUCCAAACCUGUGAAACUAAAGAUGGAAGCCCCUGCAUGGCCCUCCUCAUAUAUACAAGUAAGAACCAGCAGCUAAGGUUGUCCUGUCUUUGGGCUCCACCUCCCCCUUCUCCUUAAGUUCCAUUUAUUUUGGCUUAGUGAUGCAAUAAAGGGAAAGAGGUCACAGAAAUGCCCUUAUCACAUGCCUCAGCAUUUAGGAGUUUAUAAUGUUUCCAGCAACAGUAGGAAAAACAUGGAAAGAUUCUUGGCUAUGUACAUGUCAAUAUUGUGAUAUGUUAGGGGACGAAGUGUGGGGUGGAAAAAUUAGAUUCUGGUGACCCAUGUGUGUGGGUGAACAAGAGAAGAGCCAGCAAGAUACCUAGAUAAAAAGAGCACACAGAAAGACCCAGGAGAGUUUAAAAUCAUGUCACAAUUUGUGCAGCAGUACAGCUAGGAACAGGCUAUUAAACCUGUUUUAAUAUCCCAUUUAUUCCACUGAGCACUGAACAAAGCACACACUGAGAGAUAAGUUUACAAAUGCUUUACUUACAGAUUCAAAAGUUGGAUUUAUCUGUUGUUCCAUGCAGCAGCAAGGAGAACACAUGCAGAAUACUUACAUGGAAAAUACAGAAGCAUAGUUUCAAGCAGGCAGUCUGGGCUUGUAUACAGCAAGCACAGACAUGUCUUUCUUUUUUUAUUUUAUUUUUUAUCAAUAAAUUUUUAUUAUUUUCUUUACACAGUCGUUUUACAAUACAUUAAACCACAUAUGCACUUUUAGCUCUGCCGAGCUUGCGACUUCCCUCCUUACCUUCAGUGGGUAUCCCUUAUUCUCUUCAGUCACGUAUUUUAAUUUUUAUCCUCAUAUCUAUAUUAUACAUUGUAGGAGUUACUUCAGCCCUGCCAGUGUUUUUAAGUUUUUACAAUUAUCCUUUAAAUACACAAUAAAUUUACUCCAACUUUCCUGGAAUCUCUGAUCAUUCUGAUCCCGAAUCCUGCUGGUCAGUUUGGCUAACUCCGCGUAGUUAAUCAUUUUAAUCUGCUACUCUGCAAUGGUAGGGACUUCUUGCAGUUUCCAAUUUUGGGCCAACAUAUUCCUUGCCGCAGCUGUGGUGUACAUAGAUAGUCUUUGGUCCAUUUUCUUAAUCUCCCUCCCCAUCAAACCCAACAAAAAAGCCUUUGUUUUUUUUUUUGGGAAAGGUAUAGUUAAAUAUUUUCUUAAGUUCAUUAUAGAUCAACUCCCCAAAAUUCUUAACUUUAUCGCAAGUCCACCACAUGUGAUAGAAAUCUCCAUUCGUCUCUUUGCAUUUCCAGCAUUUCUUGUCCUUCAUCCUAUAUAUUUUUGCCAGCUUUACUGGUGUCAAAUGCCACCUAUAAAUCAUCUUCAUUAAAUUUUCUUUUAGAGCCGUACAUGCCGUGAAUUUCAUACUUUCAUUCCAUAAUUUUAGCCAUGCAUCCAAUUCAAUAUUAUGCCCAAAAUCUAUAGCCCAUUUUAUCAUUGCUUCUUUCACCUCUUCAUCUUUUGUAAACCAUUCUAAUAACAAAUCAUACAUCUUAGAUAAUAUUUUACCUCUGCCUUCUAUUAAUUCUAAUUGAAAUCUUGAUGCAGCUUGAACCCAGCUUUCCUUUUAUCCUCACUCAGUAUAUCGUUCACCUGAUGGUAUUGCAGCCAACCUGUAAACAUGCCUUCUAUUUGAUCAUAUGGUUUAAGCUUUAACCCUUGUUCCAUUUUUCUAAUGAUUUCCUCAUAGGUGGCUUGCCUUCCUUCCAUAUUCACUUUUUUGACAGUCAGUACCUCUAUUGGCAAUAUCCACCAUGGGAUUUUCCUUUCCAAUAAAUUUAAAUUGACCUUCUGAUCACAUGAUUUAAAAAACCUUUAUGAACUUUUACCUUAUCAUACCACAGGUACGAGUGCUACCCGUACCUGUUGUCAGGACCUUCUAAAUCCAAAAGGUCCGUAUUUUCCAAUGUUAUCCAUUCCUUUAACCAUAUGAGACAGGGUGCUUCAUAAUAGAGAUUCAUAUCUGGUAAGGCAAACCCACCUCUUUCUUUUUUAUCUAUCGAUAUUUUCAUUUUAAUCCUCGGCUUCUUUCCCUGCCAGACUAAUCUCGACAAUAUUUUUUGCCAUUCUCUACAUUGUCCUGUCCCCUUGAUCACUGGAAUUGUUUGGAAUAAGAAUAACAUUCUAGGCAAAACGUUCAUCUUAAUCACCGAUAAUUUCCGCCUGUUCCAAAUUUCUAAAUCCUUUUUAAUCUCUCUCCAUGUGAUUUUGUAAUUAUCUUUAUACAAAUUUAUAUUUUUCGUUGCUAGCCAAAUUCCAAGGUAUUUCACUUUAUUAACCACCAUAAUUCCUGUCCUAUGUUGCAAUUCCUCUGUCUCUUCUUUAUUCAUAUAUAUAUAUAUAUAUAUAUAUAUAUAUAUAUAUAUAUGAGAAAAUAAGCACAGACACAUCUUUCCUGGCUGCUGCAUGGUUGAAGAGAGUGUGAGCAUGCAAAGGAAGUGAAGGCUUCACUUCCUCCUGCACUGGAGAAGAGGGUGUGCAUCUUAACUGAGUCUAGGGAACAUGGUUCUCUUGUCUUACUUUAUACACCAAUUAGCGCUCAUGCACACUUAUCCUUGACAGCAAUUUCCCAGUUUGCAUGUGGGUAGCUAGGUCUGCUCACAUAACAAUCUUCCCCCCACCUCUCCUAUCCACAUGCAUGCCUGAGGUUUUCCCCUACCCUGUAGAGCAGAUUUAGGAGUGCACGAGGAUGGGGAGGGUGGAACAUGUGUGCCUAUACUGAGAAUAGCAUCAGCAUUACCUGACUACAGGCAACUCCUCACUUGUGCAGGGAUUCCAUUCCCAGCUGCCACAUGCACCAGCAAAACAUAUGUAAUUGUGUCCUUCCCUUCUCCGCCCCUGUGCUGCUCUCACCUCACCCCCUUCUGGUGCCAAAAAUGCCACAUUGACAGCAGCCCCUUGUGGGCUGAUUGUGCACAGGUAGGGCAGUGCCUGUUAUUGUUUCUGUGCUCUGAAGUGGUUUAGUCAUGCUGGUCACAUGAGCCAGAAAGCUGUCUGUGGGCAAACGCCGGCUCCCUCGGCCUGAAAGUGAGAUGGGCGCCGCAACUCCAUAGUCGCCUUUGACUGGACUUAACCGUCCAGGGGUCCUUUACCUUUUAUUUUACUAUAUACAGUGGUGCCUCGGGUUAAGAACUUAAUUCGGUCUGGAGGUCCGUUCUUAACCUGAGGUACCACUUUAGCUAAUGGGGCCUCCCUCUGCCACCGCGCUGCUGCUGUGCGAUUUUUUGUUCUCAUCCUGAAGCAAAGUUCUUAACCUGAGAUACUAUUUCUGGGUUAGCAGAGUCUGUAACCUGAAGCGUCUGUAACCCGAGGUACCACUGUAUACACCAAACUCCCAGUCAAUAGGGAAUACAGACACAACUCAUUGGAGAGCACCUUGGAUAUUUUAUGUGAAAUCCAGUUACUCAUUGUUGUGGUGGUGGUCAUGACCCAAACAUUCACUCUUUUUUCUCUUCCUCUUUCCUCCCUUUCACCCCUUGUCUCAGAUGGGAAAGUUUCUGGGAAAGUACUUGGUUGCAGGAAGGCUAAUUCUCCGAAGUGUGGUUCUAUAGCUUAUAAGCCAGAGAUCGUAACCCAUUAUGAACUCCACUGCUGCAGGGGUAAGGAUUUAUGCAAUGGAAAAUUGUAA